AUGGCCCCAAUUAACUUCUUCAGGGGUCACCCCACUACGACGCUUUUGCCUGCACAGGAAAUAGCCAAGGCAUAUUCCCAUAUCUUGCUUAACAGUUCCUAUUUGGAAUAUGAAAAUGAUCCACUCAAUCAACACCCUUUAUCAUAUGGAACGGACCCUGGAAACUACGAUACUCGGAAAGCUAUUGCACAGUGGCAGGACAAAAAGUUUGGGCUUGAUAAGACAUCUCCUACAGACCCUAACACCAUUAACUUAACUGCUGGAGCAUCUUAUGGAGUAGCUAAUAUUCUUGCUAGUGUGACCAAAGCAGGUUCAAUAACCAAACAGGCGUUCAUAGUGAGUCCCACUUACUAUUUGAUCAACAGUUCGUUCUUGGACGUUGGAUUCCAGGGGAAACUCACGGCCAUUGACGAAACUCCUGGCAAAGAAUCCAAGUACGAUAUCGACUUGGAGUAUUUGGAACAACAGUUAAAGAAACACAGUGAAGGCAGCGAACAAGCGUCCACUGUUGAUAAUGAAAUCAAUAUUGUAAAUGAUAAUUCAAGAGGCGAUCGGAAGUACUACCGAUUUGUCAUUUAUUUGGUACCCACAUUCUCUAACCCCGGAGGUCAAAUUUACUCUGUUGAAACCAGAUUAAAGUUAUUGGAUUUGGCAAGGGAAUUCGAUAUGCUAAUUAUUAGUGACGAUGUCUAUGAGUUUCUCGACUAUACCGCAAACUCUAAGUAUCCCAUACCAAGAUUCGUUCAUUUGGAGAAGCAAUCUCCUAAUCCCGCCAAAACUUAUGGUAAUAGUAUAUCUAACGCUACAGCAUCAAAGUUGAUUGCUCCAGGAUUGAGGUUUGGUUGGCAAGAGACUUCAACCAAUAAGCUUUCACAACAAUUAUCACUCACAGGACCAAACAAAUCCGGAGGAACUCCUGGCCAAUUAGCUUCUGCUGUAAUGCAGCAUCUAAUUGAAUCGGGAAAGGCAGAUGAGAUUAUAGAGCUCUUUAAAGUUGAAUAUGCUCAAAGAGCUCGUACUAUGCUUGAAGCUCUUGAUAAACAUCUUCCACCAAAUCAUACACAAGUUUACGGAGGUCAAGGUGGGUACUUUGUUUGGGUCGUUGUAGGUAAAGGAGAUCCUUUAGUUAAGUUAGGGAACGUGGUUAAAAUACUACAACAAGAAAAGGGAGUGAUUAUUGCAACUGGAUCCAACUUUGAAGUUGAUGAUGAUUUUAAGGACUGGGGCCAUUAUGCAGUUAGACUAUGUGUUAGUUAUCUUACGUCAGAAGAGAUAGAGAAGGGGAUCGAGAUCUUUGGUGAUGUGCUUAGAAAGGAGUACCCUCAUUUGUAUGCAUAA